AUGAAGUCGUCCACGGACGACGACCAUCACGCUGGUCGUCGGGCCCGCGAGGUGUAUCGUUAUUUUCAACCGGAUCGACUCGCGCCAAUAGAUGAAAAUCGGUCACUGGCGAGCGAUGGACGUCGGAGCGCUGAUUGCUCUACUGGCCGCGAUCUCGCUUCUGCUUCCACACAUAACCGUUCACCAUCCCUAUCCUUGUCCCCAAUAUCAAAAGGUCUUUCGCAGUUCGCAAGUGCUCCUGGGGGACGCACGUCUGAAGCCUUGUCCUUAGGCAGUGCGAAUGCUACUCUGAACUCGUUUGCACAGUUGGCUGCGCUGCGACUAAAUAUGGACCGAGUAUUUGUCAGCGUGUCGGAUCGCCAAUCUCAAUACAUUAUUGCGCAGUCCCUUCAAACCGCGAAAGAGAACUGUGAUCAUGAUUCUGCCGGCCAAACACUAUAUUCGGGAUGUGUCACCCUCGAUGUCGGCUCCUGGACACCUUGUCAGGAUACCAUUUCUCUACCCAAUCGAAAGCGAGGAAAAGGAACAGACAACUUCAUAGUGUCCAACGAUUUGAGCCAAGAUGCAAGAUACAAAGACCUGCCUUUCGUGCAGGGUAAACCGAAUUUCCGAUUUUACGCAGGCACACCUCUCACCACAGAACGCAAUAUCAAUAUAGGUUGUUUCUUUGUCCUCGACACCAAACCUCACGCCGAUUUCGACGAAUCCGAAAAAGAAAUCAUGACCACCAUGAGCACACUCAUCAUGGACUUCCUGAAAGUGAGUCGCCAGGCUUCCGAAGGCCGCCGCGCAACCCGGUUGUCUCGGGGCCUCAGCUGCUUUGUCGAGGGAGGAUCCAGCUUCCUGGAUACAUUCGAGGAUUCAGCUUCAAAUACCAUCGACCUGCAAUAUACCACGCCUCCCACCUCCAGAUCAAGGGCUAGUCGUCUAUCCGUUACCAGUCAGAACCAGUCUUCUCGGCGAUCCGGCUCCCCCGCCAGCGACGCCGGCUCUACUAGUUCGAUGGGAGAAAGCAGAGGCGAUCGCUCCUUGUGCUCUAGCGUUGAUUCUCGAUUCCCCGGCUUGCGAACCGGUAACAGGCACAAAUCGAGAGACGAGCACAUAGACAACACCUAUACUUUCCAACGAGCGGCAAACUUGAUCCGAGAGAGUUUAGAGUUAGACGGCGACAGCGGUGUUGUCUUCGUGGAAGGCGGCAGCGAUACCGCCCUCGACUACGAGGCGAACAGUGAUAAUGCCCUGGAAGGUAGCAGAGCUGCCUCUGUCUUGAGUAUCUCCACUGGUGAUAACGCCUUGGGCCCUGCAACGGGCUCAAUGGCGCAGUUCCCGGUGUCCGGGAUAGACCAGGUCUUUAUGCAUGGUCUGCUCAAUCGUUAUGCUCAGGGUAAGAUAUGGUCUUUCCAUCGAGACGGCCUGCUUUCUAGCUCGGAUAGCGAAGACUCGCCCCGCGAAAGCCGUUCCCGGAUACGGAAAGAGCACAGGAGAUCGAAACGACCGCAGAAAUGGAAAACCACCGAAAACACAUUAUUGAAUCGCUUUUUCCCUGGUGCGACUCAGGUUAUGUUCGUGCCUUUGUGGAACGCGGCCAACUCUCAAUGGUUUGGUGGUUGCUUCUGCUGGAACAAUGUCGAAAGCAUUGUUUUCGAUACCUCUGUGGAGCUGAGUUCGGUACUGGGCUUUGGAUCCUCAAUCAUGGCUGAGUGUAAUCGAAUCGAAGCACAUAUAUCUGAUCGGCAAAAGGCAGACUUCCUUGGCAGCGUAUCGCAUGAACUGCGCAGCCCACUACAUGGAGUGAUGGCGGCAGCGGAGUUGCUACAGAGCACUCUAUUUGAUGAUUUCCAGGGCUCCCUUCUGGAAACCAUCAAUGCAUGUGGUCGAACACUACUUGACACGAUGAACCAGGUCUUGGAUUAUACUAAGCUCGUCUCGUUGGAAAAGGACCUACGCCAUCUAAAGAAGAACCUUGCACCACACAUGGAUAUCCAGAGUAUGCAGCGCUCUGCCGGUCAUCUGGAUACGUACAUGACAACGGACAUCUCCCUCCUGACUGAAGAGGUUGUGGAGGGUGUUAGUCUGGGACAUUCCUACAGCCAGCGGCCCGUGGCUCCCGCUGACCCGUCGGGGGCCGCCUUGACUAAAACGAAGAACCCAGAGGGCCUCAAUAUCCCCCAGCUGCAUGUCGACGUGAUCAUUGACAUCGAGCCAAAUGACUGGGUCUACUACACGCCCCCUGGUGCUCUCCGGCGCAUAAUUAUGAAUAUCUUCAGCAACGCGGUCAAAUACACCGAUUCUGGUCACGUUUCGCUGCAUUUGGAGGCCAAAAAAGCACCGGAGAACUGGUCUCAACCGCAAGGGAUGAAAGAAGAUCUGAUUGCUUUGACUGUCACCGACACAGGCAGGGGCAUGUCCGCAGACUUCCUGCGAGGAAGGCUGUUUGUUCCAUUCGCACAAGAGAACAGUCUGUCUGUCGGAACCGGUCUAGGCCUCUCUAUCGUCCGCAGCCUCGUCAAAACGCUAGGCGGAAGUGUCAAUGUCGACAGUCGUCCGGGCGAGGGGACAACUGUCAAGGUGGUUCUACCACUGACCCGCGAAGAGCAUGAGGAUUACAGUGAGGUUUCUGACGGCAUACCAUCGCCUCCGCAGGAGGAAACCGACUCGAUCACGAACGACGUACGACUGUUGCGGGACAAUAACGCCGGUCGCAAAGUCGCCAUCCUGGGCGUGGAACCCGAUGACGCCCCCAACCAUCCAUUAUGGGGCCCUGUGUCUCGUUACUUGACCUGCUGGUAUGGUCUCGAGCUUGUUUCGUCGUCGUCACGAGCGCCCAUCGACAUCAUCCUGGUCGAAGAGUUGCCGGUGGAAAAGGAUAAGAACUGGGGCUUCUCGGAUAAGCAGCAAGCCGUGCUCGUUCUGAGCUGCAGGUAUGUCGGCCACAAUUCCCUUCGGGCGAAAUGGUCCUCGCUCGCCAAGGUCGUGAGCAUCGUCAGUCGUCCAUGUGGCCCGCACAAACUAGCUCGAUUCAUUCGGAAAUGCUUUGAGCAAGGUUCUUCCUUGUGUCUCCCGGACCGAACGAUCACGUCUGAACAAGAUACGGAGGUUUCAUCGGAGUCUGUCGAAGUCUCGUCUGAUGGAGAUAUGGCCCCGAAGGAAAAUGCCGAAACAUCACACUUGGAUGACGUCCCUUCCAUUUCACUCAAUUCACCUACUCCACCUCCCUCCAUCGGAACCGAACCCCCCGAAUCCGCUCCAGUCCCCUCAUCUACUGAGGCCGCCGAAAUGCCCCCGAGAUCCUGUACACCUCGGGUGCUUGUAGUCGAAGACAACAAAAUCAACCUCAACCUCAUGCUCGCAUUCCUCAAAAAGCGAAAACUUGACACCCUUGACUCCGCCGAGAACGGCCAGCUCGCCGUCGAUGCGGUGAAGCAAGCGCCACAAGGCUACGAUAUCAUUUUCAUGGAUAUCUCCAUGCCAGUUAUGGACGGCUUCAAUGCUGCGCGAUCAAUCCGCACUCUGGAAAGGCAGCGCGGCCCAUACUCGCAGCCCGCCGUUAUCAUCGCGCUGACCGGACUAAGCGGUUCUAACGACGAGCUGGAAGCUCUUAGUUCAGGGAUGGACAUGUUCCUGACCAAGCCUGUCACGCUCAAGAAUGUCUCGAAGAUCUUGGAUAAGUGGUCUGAUCGGGGUUUUCAAGAUGACUGA